UGUCGGAAACUUCAAGAGCGGGAGAUUUGACAACAAUAUUUCUUGAACUGAUGGAAGUAUUUUUUAAUAUAAAUGUGUUUUAAUGAUGGACACACACACAUAGAGAUUGCCAAAUAUCAUCAUCAUGUCACAGUUAUUGUUUGUUGAAGAUGUUCGAAGUUGGGAGUCAACAAAAUGUCAGCAGGAACUGAACUGCGCUCUCCCAAAGCUUGUUUCCUGCUUUUCUAGUGAUAUCGGUGUUGAUAGUAAAGUUGGGGUUUUGAAUAUUAUUUGUACAUCAUUUCUGCCUCACAUGAAGCUUGCUGCUAUUGAGACAAGACUCUUUCACAACAUAAGUUCAAAGAUAAAUGAUUUGUUGGCAGAAAUAUUAGAAAAUGCUAAGCAAAUUCUUCAAGAAGUUACAGAAAAGUCAUCUGAAUGCCACCAAGAGGUUGUGGCUAUGCUGAAGCUUGCUGUAAAUAUUGUGGAAUCUACAGAGAGUUGUAUGAAAUAUGUGUGUGGAGCCAGUGAACUUGUCGACUUGGAAAAUAUACAUUCCUUGCUCUCCUCUGUCCUCAGAGUUUUAACACAAUCUUAUGAACAUUGUAAGGAGAGUCCUACCAUUUAUGGUAACCUGUUGCCACUUUUAUCUGAUGUUUUGUCCAGUUUUUUCAAAAAGACUCACCAACUACAAACUACAACAUUAUGCUGUUUGGAAAAAAUAAAUGUCAAGUCAACUGAACAAGAUGUUGUUGAUCUUUGUUCAACCUGCCACAGUUUGUUGUCUCUCUGCCAACUGGUUCCAGCUCUUGACAUCAAGAUUAUGAUUGGUCUAUGGAAGUCUUUAGCCAGGCUGUCCGUCCAGUACAAAAGUUUUCUUUAUUCAAGACUCGAACUUGAAGCUAUCAUGUCUUCUUUGGUCUCCAGUAUUCAAUCAAAUUAUGACACCUUGUUAAAUGUGGCACCCCGGGUUCCAGAUGAGACGGUUGAAGAAGAAAAUCCUUCACAAACAAAUGAGAAAUCUUUUCAGAUGACUUUGAAGAUAACUGGUUUCUUAAUGAAGGUUUUGGUAAAUUUCGUCAAAGAAUAUGAAAAUUACCUUGGCAAAAGUGCUGAAUCAUUAUACCCCCUGAUUCUCUACAUGUUUAAGUUUUCUCCUCCUUCUCUCGCUGCUCCAAAACUUAUUGAACAAAGUCAACGAGAUAUCCAGAUCCAGUUAUUAAAUGCCACACAACCACUUCUAACGACACUCAUCUUGAACUAUCAUUUUUGCAUUUUAGUUACUGCUGAUGAAAAUGAUUUAGAUCCUGACCUGGCAUUACCAAGAAUCUUGCUUCAGAUUAUGGUUGUAAAUCUUCUUCCAAAGGCAAAAUAUGACGUCACAGAAGUUUGGUAUUCCCCAAGGAAAUUUCCAGGAGAACGUUGUUAUGACAACAUUUUAGCAAGUGUAUUUAAAACAUUACAGAAAUGUUCAGUUGAAAUGGCCUCUGAUAUCAGAAUUGCUAUAACUGCAGCCAUUGGAUCUCCUCAAAGAAACGCCGGUCUCUACGAAUAUCUCUGCACCAACAUUUGUGGCUUUGUGGGCAGUUGGCCAGCUCAGCAUUUUGCCGUUGUUGAGUCUGUCCUCUUGACCAACUUACUCCACAGUAAUCCUUACUGUAAAAUGAUGGCCUGUGAUGUUUGGUGUUUCAUUGGACGUUAUGGCAGUGCUGCUUUGUGUCAUCACCAUGUGAAGAUCCUGGCAGCUGUGUGGCUAGCUCUAGACUGGUCUCAGACUCAGUUUUAUGAACAUGUCCUUCAGCUCUACCACAGACUCUUCAAGUUUCAGUUAAUUAACGACCAGGAAGAAAUUCUCAAGUUAUACCCACCAGCGAACAAUCUUUCUCUCUGGAGUCUUGCACAAUUAGAUACACUUCAAGAAACAAUAUCAUCUCCCCUUAAAAGUGAGUUGGUGCAGACCAGUGCAAAAAUCAUCCACAGCUUGUGUUCCUCGGAAACAUUCUCUGACAAAGAUAUGAAGUCUUAUCUUGAUGUCCUCAAGUGCCUCCACAGUUUAAGUCGAUAUUUGGUGACAUUAUCCCAAUCAGGAAGCACCCUUCAUUAUUUGGUUUUACAACGUCUGGCAAUGAUGUGGUCAGCUGAGCCAAAGUUGAGCAACUCAGCUGGCAGCAAGUGUUAUCAUUCUCUCAUACUCAGCAGUCUUCUUGCUACAUCAGCCCAGUUACUCCCAGUCAUGAAGCCAGCACACAUAUCUUCCAUUCUGAACGCAUUGGAAAAAUUAUUUGAUUUGGAACCAGAUGAAAUUCUACGUUUAGCUACUUCGUUGUUUUUGAAAGAGAUUGGCAAAGUUGACUUACAAAAUAAUGAAGUUUCUGCGAAAAUGGGGUCCACUUUUCCAAAAAUAUUUCAACAUUUGCUCUUUGAUUCUAACAGUCUGCUCCAUCACCAGGCUAUUGAGGCAUUUGCCUCAUUUGCCCAGGAGACCAACUGUGAGUCUCUGGUUCCACAAUGUCUUCUAAUGUCAAAUUCUACAAAAGAAAUAAUACUUCAGGACACUGCAAUAACUUUUCUAAAUCAUACGGCAUACAGCUGUGAUGGUUUCAAGCAGGCCAAAUACCUCUCGUCUCAAAGACUUAUCAUCAAUGAAGAUUUUGUGAUUGCUUGGAAACCAGAGCAAAAUAAAAAACAGCAACCUGAAGAUAGUCCAGAAGAUUUAUUGAAGGAUCAAGAAACAACAGUUGAGGCUCAACACAUGUCAGAUACAGAAUCUGAGGAGCCUCUUAAGAAAAAACUGAAGACCAAGACCAGUUCAGACAUAUGGGAUGAAGAGUAUCGGAACAUCAUAGACUUACUACAGGGCAACGUGAACAAACUACAGUUACUACAAGAUCGAGGUGCCUCUCCACCUACCUGGGUAACUACAGAACUAGAAACAAUCUGUAAACAACUAGGAACUUUCCAAUGAUGGCUAUGUGUAUGUAUGUGUGAGGACAGUUGUGUACUGUAAAACAAAAGAAAUGGAUUUGUAUAUAGACUCUGAUUAUCAGCUCGUCAUAAUAACCUUUUAUUGUCACUGGGCAACAGGUGGAGGAACAUGUUUAAAUACUAAUAAUAGCCUUUUUGGAACUUUUUCUUUGCAAUCUGUGAUAUUUUAUAUCCAAAAUGUUCCAUCAGUCUGUUGUGAGGUUGAAAAUGGUCGAGGCAGCAAUUUACUAGAACUGGAUACUUAUACAAUAUUUAAUUAGAUGUCCGGUUGAUCUGAGUUCAAAUCCUGAUAAAGCUGACAUCACUUUUCAUCUUUCUGCAAUUGAUAAAAUAAUUACCAAGAAAA